CCUUUUUCACCCUCCCUCUCUUGACGGCUCAAUCUUCCCCCCAAACCUAGUAUUCUCGAAGGAUGUUUCCCCAGAUGCCUCUUUUUGAGUUUAUAUUCUUUACAGUUUACACAUUAAAUUCAAGUGUGCGGAUGGAUUCAGUGGUUGAGCCAUCGCCACAACAUCAACAAGUUCCGCUUGGACAGCCUCCCCAGGAAAACAUUCGCCGGUUGAUCAGCGAUCCACCGGAAUUACUUCGGCGUGCCUGACUAGCCAAGGUUCAAUCCAAACGCAAUCUACUCCUCUCUAUUAGGAUCGAUCUAGUCUACUACUAGCGAUGGGGUCGUUGUUCUUAUCAUGACUGGAUUCGAGCGAUUACUCCGCACGAAUGCCUGACUUCGCUAACAUUGACCCUUGAUCCGUAGUUAACCCCACCUUCAACUGAUACCACCGGUCUCUCACUAGCUGGCUUUGCGUAUCUCCUCCGAGAGCUGCCAGAUUACUAUUUAAUGACUCCCAUUUAUUUUAGGGCCCGCACUAGCAGAUGAGUUCUGGUGCGGACAUCAACUGCUGAUAGCACUCACAUUCAUCCACAUAUAUAUACUAGGGAGAAAGUGACGAAAGUGACAACGGAAAUAGGACAUCUUAACCCCAUUUAUGCUUCGAUAAGAUAACCAUCUUGAAAUAUCUUUGCCACAAUGGGAAGUGUUCAGCCGUGGGAGCAAAUUGUUUCCCAAAAGCGUGCUCUACGGAACCAGCUCCUAAAGCCAUAUCAAGUCAACGAUAUCGACCGGCGUGUACCCCAGCUGCUCUCUGUCCAAGAGCGCACGCGUAUCCAAGAAGAUCCUGUAAUCCAGGAGAUCACUGACAUCGACAGCGUGCCCAGGCUCUUCGAAUGCCUGAAAUCGGGCAAAUAUACAGCUGAGCAGACGACAUUAGCUUUUAUUAGAAGGGCUGUGGUAGCCCAUCAGUUGACCAACUGUCUCACGGAAAUUGUGUUCGAAGAUGCCUUGGAACAGGCCCGGCAGCUCGACCAUACUUUUCAACGAACCGGUCAAGUCAAGGGACCACUCCACGGCAUUCCAGUCACAGUGAAAGAUCAGUUCAAUGUCAAGGGUGUUGACACAACACUUGGAUACGUGGGCCGCUCUUUUGCUCCCGCUACAGAAGAUGCAGUUCUAGUGCAGAUGCUGAAAGAUAUGGGUGCUAUCGUACUGGCGAAGACCAACCUACCACAGAGCAUAAUGUGGGCUGAAACAGACAAUCCACUUUGGGGUCUGACCGUCAACCCACGGAACCCUGAGUUCACGCCAGGCGGUUCCACUGGAGGAGAGGCUGUUCUAUUGGCAUUGCACGGCUCUAUCCUGGGGUAUGGUACAGACAUCGGUGGCAGUGUGAGAAUCCCACAAAGUCACAUGGGCCUGUAUAGCCUGAAGCCUACGAGCAGUAGGCUUCCGUACUAUGGCGUACCGGUGUCUACCGAGGGGCAAGAGCAUGUUCCCUCAUCUGUUGGUCCCAUGGCACGAGAUCUAUCGUCUCUCUGCUAUGUAAGCCGACUGAUUGCUAAUGCACAGCCGUGGCAGUUAGACCCCAAAUGUACCCCGCUACUCUGGAAUGAGAGCGCAUACGAGGAGGUUCAGAACCGGCCUAUGGUAAUUGGGCUUAUUUUGGAUGACGGAGUUGUGAAGGUUCAUCCUCCCAUCGAGAGAGCGCUUCGGGAUCUUUCCGCAAAACUAGAAGCGCAAGGCCACGAGCUAGUCGUCUGGGAUGCUUCCGAUCAUCUAGAAUAUAUCCAACUCAUGGACACUUUCUACACAGUGGAUGGGGGGGAAGACAUCCGCCGCGAUGUGGAAGCUGGUGGGGAGCCUUAUAUUCCCCACGUGGAAGCAUUGGUAAAUCGCGGGAAGGCCAUUUCCGUCUACGAGUACUGGCAGCUCAACAGGAAGAAAGUUGCACUGCAAAAGAAAUACUUGGACAAAUGGAACGCAACACGCUCUCCCUCUGGGAAACCCAUUGAUGUACUCCUGGCCCCGACAACGCCCCAUCCUGCUAUUCCCCACCGAACGCUGCGGUGGGUUGGGUAUACAAAAAUCUGGAACUUCCUUGACUACUCUGCUGUUACAUUUCCAGUGGAUCAGGUGCGGGCUGAAGUGGACGCACUGCCAGCAGACUAUCAACCCAGGAACGAACUGGAUGCAUGGAAUUGGGGGCUGUACGAUGCGAAGGCCAUGAAUGGUCAUCCAAUUAAUGUUCAAAUCAUCGGCAAGAAGCUAGAAGAGGAGAAGGUCCUAGGAGCAGCGACUGCCAUUGAGAAGAUCUGGCGCAGCUAGUGUACGGCAUCUACUAGAGCAUAGCUCAAUAGUCCAUUUCUGGGGGGUGUGUGUGUCUAUCUAGUCUACUAGGUAUACUAGUUGGCUAUCUCCAUCGCCCCGAGCGCAACCCCCACUUUCCCACAAGACUUACUCCAACCGGGCCGUUGGAGUUCUGCCAGAAGUGGAGGCGUCACUGUUGGAGUAAGCCAAUAUACUGUGAUUCAGUCCAGAGCAACUAGUAUCUAGAUAGCUAAUAGUAAGACUAGACCGUAU